UGCGGCUAUGAGUGUGUGUAUAUGUGUCCGUGUGAGAGCUUGAGUAGGUCUUUUCAUUUUUCAGCAGCCCAAGCGCUAGAGAGCCUCUUUAAGUAAAAGAAGGGCACCAGCGCUAGUUGUGACACUGACACCCACGAGUGACUUCCGUUUUAACACAAAGUGAGAGAGUUCAAGCUGUAUGUUGUGUUGUACAUUAUUUUGAUUAAAAAAUCCACAACUCCACUUUUUAGACAUGGCUUCAGCGGCUCAAAGUGCCUCGACUCCUGGUAGCUCAGCUCCCGUGCCCAGUUUACAGCGAGGGAUAGUUAAAAUGGUAAUCUCUGGCUUUGCUAUCAUAGUCCGUGGCCAGCCUCGAGGAGGACCACCCCCAGAAAGGCAAAUCAACCUCAGUAAUAUUCGAGCAGGGAUUUUGGGCCGACGUGCUCCUCCAAACCAGCCUGAAGCAAAGGACACUCCUGAUGAGCCAUGGGCUUGGCCAGCUCGUGAAUUUCUACGAAAGAAAUUAAUUGGAAAGGAAGUUUGCUUUGUUGUAGAAUUUAAAACCCUCCAGGGUCGAGAGUUUGGAAUGGUUUACCUUGGCAAAGACACAACAGGAGAGAACAUCGCAGAGUCAUUGGUAGCAGAAGGACUUGCUUCUGUCAAAAGAGAGGGAAUGCGAGGAUCAAACCCUGAUCAGGCAAGGUUAUGUGAAAUAGAAGACCAGGCCAAAGCUUCAAAGAAGGGCAUGUGGGCAGAUGGAACAGGUUCCCACACUAUUCGAGAUAUUAAGUACACCAUUGAGAAUCCUCGACAUUUUGUAGACUCCAUGCACCAGAAACCCGUAAAUGCCAUCAUUGAGCAUGUGCGAGAUGGCAGCGUUGUACGAGCCUUACUACUUCCAGAUUACUAUCUUGUUACAGUCAUGCUUUCAGGUGUCAAGAAUGGUAACAUCACAGAGCUGCUGCUGAAAGAAGGCUUUGCCCGUUGUGUAGACUGGUCCAUGGCCGUGUACACACAGGGUUCAGAAAAAUUAAGAGCUGGAGAAAGGUCUGCAAAAGAGCGUAAAGUUAGAAUCUGGAGAGAUUAUGUUGCUCCAACAGCCAACCUUGAUCAGAAAGACAGACAGUUUGUUGCCAAGGUUAUGCAGGUUAUGAAUGCAGAUGCUGUUGUUGUGAAAAUGAAUUCAGGGGAGCAUAAAACCAUUCAUUUGUCAAGUAUCCGCCCACCUAGACUGGAGGGAGAAAGCCAGGACAAGAACAGAAAACUACGUCCCCUCUAUGACAUUCCGUACAUGUUUGAAGCUAGAGAAUUCUUAAGGAAAAAACUGAUUGGAAAGAAGGUUAAUGUAUCAGUUGACUACAUCAGAGCUGCAACCCCAGCAACAGAGACUGUCCCUGCCUUCCCUGAGCGAACAUGUGCCACGGUUACCAUUGGAGGAAUAAAUAUUGCUGAAGCCCUGAUUAGCAAAGGCCUGGCAACAGUGAUCAGGUAUCGCCAAGAUGAUGACCAGAGAUCUUCCCACUAUGAUGAAUUGCUAGCUGCUGAGGCUCGUGCAAUCAAGAAUGGCAAAGGCUUGCACAGUAAAAAAGAAAUUCCCAUCCACCGAGUUGCAGACAUCUCAGGGGAUACCCAGAAAGCCAAGCAGUUCCUUCCAUUCCUUCAGAGAGCUGGUCGCUCAGAGGCCGUGGUGGAAUAUGUAUUCAGUGGGUCCCGUCUCAAACUCUACAUGCCAAAGGAGACGUGCCUGAUCACCUUCCUGCUGGCUGGUAUUGAAUGUCCACGUGGUGCAAGAAACCUUCCAAGUGGGCUUCAAGAGGGUGAACCCUUUAGUGAUGAAGCUACCCAGUUCACAAAGGAACUGGUCUUGCAGCGUGAGGUUGAAGUUGAAGUAGAGAGCAUGGACAAGGCUGGAAAUUUCAUUGGCUGGCUGCACAUCGAGGGAGUGAAUUUGUCUGUCGCCCUUGUGGAGCAUGCUUUGUCCAAGGUCCACUUCACUGCUGAGAGGAGCACUUAUUAUAAAAGCCUGCUCACUGCAGAGGAGGGGCCAAAGUUAAGAAAAGAAAAGGUCUGGUCUAAUUAUGAAGAACAGCCGACAGAGGAGGUCGUCCAAGUAGUGGAGGAAAAAGAAAGAAUACCCAACUACAAGUCUGUUUAUGUGACAGAGAUUACUGAUGGACUGCAUUUCUAUGUACAGGAUGUUGAGACUGGAGCCCAGCUGGAGAAACUGAUGGAAAGCAUGAGGAGUGAAAUUGCAGCCCACCCUCCCGUUGAGGGUUCCUACUCACCCCGGCGGGGCGACUACUGCAUUGCCAAAUUUGUGGAUGGAGAGUGGUACAGAGCCCGUGUGGAGAGAGUAGAAUCGCCAGCUAAGGUCCAUGUUUUUUACAUUGACUAUGGCAAUCGUGAAGUGCUUCCAGCUACUCGUUUGGGAACUCUACCAGCAUCAUUCACCACACGCAUUCUCCCUCCACAAGCCGUAGAGUAUGCAUUUGCUUUCGUUCAAGUGCCACAAGAUGAUGAUGCCCGUGCUGAUGCUGUGGACAGUGUAGUCCGUGAUAUUCAUAACACACAGUGCCUGCUGAAUGUGGAGCUCAUGUCAGCUACCUGCCCUUACGUCACUUUGCAGUUUGCAGAUUCAAAGGAUGAUGUUGGUCUCGGACUUGUCAAGGAAGGCCUAGUAAUGGUGGACGUCCGUAAGGAGAAACAGUUCCAGAAAGUGAUGACAGAGUACCUGAAUGCCCAAGAAUCUGCUAAAGCUGCCAGGUUGAAUUUGUGGCGUUAUGGUGACUUCCGUGCAGAUGAUGCUGAUGAGUUUGGCUUCAGGCGCUGAAAAUGAAUAUCCAAAGAAACUUGAACUGGGCAUUGAUACACUAAUCUCAAGCCUUUGUACAUUUCUUCCCGACAUCUCUGUCAGCUUUCUUAUUGCACCAUUUUUAUCAGCCUUACCUGGUGUCUUAAACAGACAGCAAUAUAAAAACCAGGAGGAUGAUUUCAGUUUGCAAUGUUGGCGAAUUAUGAUCAGGAAAAACAAAUUAAAGAAUCUCUGGGCCAGGAAUAACAAGGCUUUACUGUGUCCAAAAAUUAAAUCUAUGCUUCCCCAAUGAUUUCCAUACUUGUAAAGGGAGUGUUCCAGCUUUACAACUCUUCUUUUUGAUGUGUUCCAAUGAACCUUUAUGCUCGACUCAAAUAUAUUAAUAAAUGGAUUACUUAAAUGGUGACAGUGUUUCACAGAAAGCUAAAGUUGUAGGAAGCUGCUGCUGCCUUGUUUUAUUAUGUUAUGAAAUAUUUUUUUCUCUGUGACUUGACCGGUUAAGUAUGUCAGUAAUUCAUUUAUCUGCAUUUUCUUUAGCAAAACAGUAUUUGAUUCAUCUUGACAUACCCCACACCCCAGGGGUUUUAACUUUAUGUAUUUAAAGCUUUUAUGGCUCAAUAAACUAGCAGAUGCUGUAUAUGCAGAAUCAGAA